AUGGCGUCCUACGAGGUCAUUGGCAUCGCCGCCCUCGCCGCGGUGUAUUUCUUGUACAAGUUUCUCAACGCGACCGACACGCCCAAGAUCAAGGGUCUGCCCGAGAUCCCCGGCGUGCCCAUCUUUGGCAAUCUUAUACAGCUGGGCACCGACCAUGCCCGCGUCGCCCAGAAAUGGGCAGCCAAAUACGGCCCCGUCUUCCAGACCCGUCUAGGAAAUCGACGCGUCAUCUUUGUCAACUCGUACGAUUCGGUCAAGCACUUUUGGAUCACGCACCAGUCGUCGCUCAUCUCGCGCCCAACCUUUCACACCUUUCACUCUGUCGUGUCCACCUCGCAGGGCUUCACGAUCGGCACGUCGCCGUGGGACGACUCGUGCAAGAAGCGGCGCAAGGCGGCGGCCACAGCGCUCAACCGGCCCGCCGUGCAGUCGUACAUGCCCAUCAUCGACCUCGAGAGCAUGGCGAGUAUCCGCGAGCUGCUGCACGACUGCGACGGCGGCGGCCGCGACGUCGACCCCAUCUCGUACAUGGCGCGCUUCGCACUCAACACGUCGCUCACGCUCAACUACGGCUUCCGCAUCGAGGGCUCCGUCGACAGCGCGCUGCUGCACGAAAUCACCCACGUCGAGCGCAUGAUUUCCAACUUUCGCUCCACCAGCAACAACUGGCAGGACUACGUCCCGCUGCUGCGCGUGUGGAACAAGCAAAAUACAGAGGCCCAGGAGUUUCGCGCCCGCCGCGACAAGUACCUGACGGACAUGCUGACGGAUCUCCAGAAGCGCAUCGCCGACGGCACAGACAAGCCGUGCAUCACGGGCAACAUUCUCAAGGACCCCGAGGCCAAGCUCAGUAUGGCCGAACUCAAAUCCAUCUGCCUCACCAUGGUCUCUGCUGGUCUUGACACCGUGCCUGGCACCCUCAUCAUGGGACUGGCUUAUCUUUCCACACCGGCCGGCCAAGCCGUCCAGGCCAAGGCUCUCGCCGCCAUCCAAGAAGUCUACCCCGACGGCGAUGCCUGGGAAAAGUGCCUAGUCGAGGAAAAGGUCCCCUACGUCACUGCUCUCGUCAAAGAAACGCUGCGCUUCUUCACCGUCAUUCCCAUAUGCCUCCCCCGCACCAACAUCAAGGACAUUCCAUACGAAAACACCGUCAUCCCCGCCGGCACCACAUUCUUCAUGAACGCCUACGCGGCGGAUUACGACGACGACCGCUUCAAGAUGGCGGAUCAGUUCAUCGUCGAGCGCUUCCUCAACGACCACGAGGUCGGCACGCCGCACUACGCCUACGGCGCCGGCUCGCGCAUGUGCGCCGGCUCGCACCUCGCCAACCGCGAGCUCUUCACCGCCUACAUCCGCAUCAUCACCGCCUUCCAGCUCACGCAGGCCGACGACCCGGCCGACCGCCCGGUCAUGCACUGCCUCGACUGCAACGCCACGCCCACGUCGCUGACCCUCGACCCCAAGCCCUUCAAGAUGAAGCUCAGGCCCAGAGACGCGGAGCAGCUGCGCCGAUGGAUUGCCGAGGCGGAGGAGCGCACCAAAGACCUCUAA